CGUGUUUAGAUUCGCUGUUCUGUCGUUCUUGCUGGCCAGUGUGGUUGUUGGUUGCGCGUACUGCGUCGCUCAUGUGUGUUUGACUCCUCUUGAAACUACUAAAAUAAGACGUUUGGGAUCUGUUAACUAAGAAAGAGACCAUGUCGUCCGCGCUGAGUCGCGGGCUUUGUUCGCCGCUGCGAGUUGCGGCGCGUCGCUCCAUCUCCACGUCCAUCGUACACAACGAGACCAUACUCGUGAAAAAUAACGAGGAGUUCGUCAACAAGGUGAUGAACAACGACAAACCAGUAAUAGUGAAUUUCCAUGCGGAAUGGUGCGAGCCGUGCAAGAUACUCACUCCGAAACUUCGAGAGCUGAUUGAGCCACUAGGCAACCUGGACUUGGCUGUGGUGGACGUUGAAGACAACGCCGAGUUGGUGCACACGUUUGAGGUAAAAGCAGUACCUGCAGUUAUAGCGAUCAAAAACGGCCUUAUAGUGGACAAAUUCAUCGGCCUAGUCGAUGCCGACAUGAUCACCAACCUCAUCGACCGGAUGUCCGGCAAAAAGAAAGAUGGCGCGUAAAUAUCUGCUCAGUUAAGUAUGGAGUGUGGGAGGAGAACUUUAAACCCUGUUGUUUUAUUGCAGGAUAGAAUAAAUAAUACAUAGUCCUGGGACCGAGAGAAGAGAGACGAAAGCUUACAAAAUAUUAGAUAUUUUACUUGUUAGGGGUUUUGUCACAUUAGUAGAAUAGGGUAUUUGACUGUAUCUAAAAUAAAUUAUUUCACACCAUGCAUGGAAUAAAGAACCAGAUAAUUAUUAGAAAAACAUACAUAUAUAGCAAUUAUUUUUAAACACAAGUUAAAUUUAAUACAUCGGAUAGAAAUAUAAAAAGUAGGUGAGGUGACCGUGACGGCAUUGUGUGUUUCAUGUAAAUUCCAUAUUA